AUGCCUGUAUCCAACAACCCCCCCGACGACGAUGCGUCGACGCAGCCCGCCGACGACGCCAGGUCCGGCGACCGCGCUCCCACGACGCCCAGGCACAAGAGGUCGCCCAGCCCGGGCGCGACGCCCAAGUCCGCUCCUGCCGCCGCGGGCGUCGGGGUUGCUGCUGCGUCUCGGCCGCGCUCCAACUCCAAGAAGCCUGAGCCCACCCUCCUCGUCGACUUCCUCAAGGGACGGCCCUCGCCCGCGCGCCAGGCCGCUGAACGACGCCGCCGCCAGAGCGUCGAUGCCGUCAAGGCCGAGCUGCGCCAGGAGAUGAAGCAGAGCUCCGUCCGCAAGCUGCAGCCCCCUGGCGGCGUGCGCGACCGGGUCAGCGCAUGGCAAAAGACCAACGCCGCCGCGGCGGCCAAGGGUGACCCGGACGAUGCCGCCACCGAGCCCCCGGACGUGGCAUUCGCCGGCGACGACAUGGACAGCGUCACCGAGGAGGACCGCAUACGAAUUAGGAUGAGGCAGAAGAAGCGGCAGCCGCCCCGGGUCAAGCCCGUCGUGCACCACUCCGCCGAUGCGCCCUCUUCAACCAGCACGGGCGACGAUACCCUCGAAUCACGGCCCAAUGCACCUCCCAAGAAACGUGUUGUUAGUGACGAGCACUGGAGGAAGCCCAAAGCCCACAAGAACGCCCUCCGCAAGGUCUCGCCCAAGGCCAGCAAGUCGCCCAGCCCGAACCCCAUACCCCCCGACUUUACGCAGCGUUCAGCUCCAAAUCCCAAUGUGUCGGGCAAGAUCAAGGCCUGGGCCGCCAAGGUGGAGGUCCCCGACACGCCGCCGCCGAGGAGCUAUAGGUCGACGCACUCCCGCAAGAGCGCCCGGUCAGAAGCCACGAGCGACGGAGGCGACACGUCCAGCCAGGCCACGGCCAAGCACGCCCCGCGGUCUGUGGGCGACGACGGGAUCCGGGUCACGCCACAGAAGCUCGACGAUGGGAUCCGUGUCACAGGCUCCAAGUCAGCACCCAAGGACACAGAUGGCGUGCGGGUGCGACCCAUGAGUGCGAGCUUUGCGAAACACAAACCGACAGAUGUGCCGCCUACGUCACGGGCCCGGAGUAGGACGGCCACGUCUGCGCGAGACGGCUCCGAUCGAAUAAUAGUCGAGGAGUCGGAGCUCUGGCGGACCACACAAAACACAUCAACAAGCGGAUCCGGGCACAUCGAGGUCAUUGAGGAGCCUGACUCCGUUCUUGACACCCCUACUAAGCGUCCGGGACCGCGGAGGCGGCUCUCGCCCAAGGCCCGACCCAAGUCGGUAGCCGAUACGUCCAAGCUCUCCACAGAGCCGUCCAGUCUCGACGACGAGGGCUCCAAUCUAAGCAGCGCGUACAACGCCUCUGACCUCUCGAGCCUAGCCAACAAGUCGGUGGCCGACAUCUCUGGCGACAUUCCCUUUGGCCACUCAGCCUUCAGCGAGCUCGAUCUUUCUCUCAACAAGACCCGGCCGAAGCGGCCCAAGGUGGACCGCAACUCGAGCCUCAAGGGCAUGCCCAACGUCUUCAAGAAGGUGGUUGAAGAGGGCAAGAAGAUGAUCCACGACAUCAAUGAGCCGCCAAAGGCGCCUGCCGUGAACAAACCACCGAGCAUCGAAAAGUGGUUGAACAACACGGUUGACCCGUUUGUGGACGAUUCCAAGGCCACGCCGAAGACGCCCGAGAAGCAGCAGAAGCUGGACGAACAGAAGUCGCGCCGUCGGUCGUCCCACGAGAUGCGGGCUCGCAAUUCUACGCCCAGAGCAGAGAGCGCAGAGGACCAGGAGAACACGGCACCACCAACCGAAAGCGCGGACACAGUCACGGAAGAAACGCCCAAGGCAAAGCCAGACAAUGGGUUGAAGCGGAGCCGAGCGACUAGAAGCUCCUCGUCGCCGCUGAAGCCAGGGGUCAGAAGACCCUUUUUGGGCGUGCUGAAGGAGGCGUUCCAGGGUGAAUCAAGUGGCCAGAGCUAUCCCAAGGCGUACCAGGGCCACGAGCCGCGCAAGGACUACGACGACACCGACUCAUACCACUCAUCCGAUUAUACAUCCAGCGGACUCACUGAUAUCCGCGACGAGUACGAGCCGCCAAAGAUGGCUGGGCCUCGGUACAAGCCACCGACAAACGGGAAGCAUGAACUGUCAACCAUCAUGUCUGAAGACGAUUCCAGUGCCCUCGGCUCAGACCUGACGGAUAACUCUCAGUCGACCUUGACGCAGUCGACUGUCCUUACGAAGGACAGCGAGCCUGUCAAGCCUCAAAAUCACGCGCCAGGGCUCAAGAGGCGCCUCACUCGGCACUCGGACCUUGUCUCGGUGCUGUCACUGCCAGACGACUCGAAUAUUCCCAGCGGCAUCAAGAACAACCGGUCGCGGCCGAGUCUGCGGAAGAACCGCACCGGCUCAAGCGACGUGACGUCCGAUGAGCUGCUCAAAGAGUUUGUCGACGACGAGAAUCUGUACCUGCGCGAGCUCAAGACCCUGGUGGACGGCGUCAUCCCAGUGUUGCUAACCCACGUAGUCAACGGCACCAACUCCACAGAGCUCUUCGGCCCGGGAUCAUCCAGCAAGGAUGGCCUGUCAAAGUCGGUCGUCAACAUGGGCGUCGCCCUCGAAAAGCUCAAGAACGCGCAUCGCAAGGCACCGAUGUCAGAUGUCCGGCGGCUGGCCAACUGGGCACAUGGUGUCGUACCAAUAUACAACAGCUACCUGAGCGCGUGGCGCCUCGGGUUCGAGGACGUCGUUGUCAACCUCGCCCCUGGCCAGCUGGACGACGAGGACUCGCUCCUCAACGCCCUGCCUCGGAAUGAGCGGGGCGACAUCGUGGAUGCCACCGGGGAGCGGGUGGCCGUGGCGCACCUGUUGAAGCGGCCGCUCAUCCGGAUCAAGCAAAUGACCAAGCUGAUCAAGUGCAUGGAUGCCAUUAUCGACUCCAACGACACGCACGAGUUACUGCGGGACUUCGAGACCCUCCAAGACAAGGCCCGACGGCGUCACAGAGAGGAGUCGGCUCGCAUGACGGACCAGGAUGCCAUCAACACAGACAAGACAAGGGCACGCGACCUGCGGACCCUCGGCACGGCCCGAGACGUUACCAUUGACCCAAGUCGUCAGGUCAAUGCCAAGGACAUCUUUGCGCUUGAUCUGACGCACUCCAACGGACAGCGGCUGGAGUGCCAGGUUGAAGUGGUUCAUCGCGACAAUCAAAAGUAUGCCGACGAUGGCGAUAUUCUCAUUCGAGAGACUGGCGAGGGGCGACGGUGUUUUCUCUUGUUCUCUCCUAUCCCCAUGUCGAUGGUCUCGGCCCGGACAGGGGAUGGAGAGCUGGACAUGGUCGUCAUGGUCCGCGGCAUGCACAACGGCAAGUCGUGGCAUGAGCUCCUUACGCUGAGCGCAGACAGCGAAGACCAGAUCCUCGACUGGCUGGACAUUCUUCCUCUCACGCCUGUGCCGCCCAGGGAGCCGGAGCCGAGUGAGGUUGGCGAGCCGGAGCCGACCACCCCAAGGGGCCCGACGGACAUGCCGUUUGGCGCGCGGGUGCCUCUGCCCGAAUCGCCAAGGUCGCCAAUCUCCAAGAAUCUUCCGUCUUCACCUGCCACCGACGACAGAAAGGCGCUGCCUUCGCGCUACCGCCCGCACCGAGCGACGAUGCCAUCCUCCUUCCCAUCGCAGGCGUCUCCUGGGCUGCCUGACACAGACAAGACUCCCACAAAGAGUACCAAGGAGGAGCGGAGCAGGCCGUUGAGCGAGAGCAUGCGCCCAGACCCGCGCAGCCUCCGCGGGGAGAGCGCACCUCCCAAUACCACGCCAUUCCGCGAUGAUGGCGCGCCGCGGCCGCCUGUCCACCGCACGCUCAGCGUCAGCCCGAAGUCCACCGACAAGUCUGCGUCACCGACACAGUCUCCGCCUCUGCUGCAGCCGCCUAUCGACGUGAACAGCCCGGAACGCAUCAGACGUCGUGGGUCGUCGCCGCUUAAGCACGAGUACCUCCCCUCGGACGUGUCUUCCGCCUCGGAGGGGUUCUCGGAGGAGUCGGACGCAGACUCGAGCGACGACGAGAUAGAGAGCAUCGACAUUCCCGAGACUGAGCUGGGAGUGAGCAUCAACAAGGACGUGCAGGCGCCGGCAGUGGGUGAGUCGCUGCUGUCUGGGUCGGAUUACAGCUUGACGCCGUCCAACUCUGCCUCGCAGGCUGGCCUGCACGGUCCGAAGACGGACGACGACAACGCGGCGCGGUUCGUGGCGUCGAUAUCGCGAUGGUCGGACAAGGGUCUGUGGAAGGACUUGUCGUCGAGCGCGUGCUCCAUCGUCGUCACCGCCGGGCUCAUUGAGGUCUAUCACUUACGCAACGGGGAGCACAAGAAGACGGACAAGCCGGUCCUGGCGCUCGACCUGACGCCGCUCGUCCUCAUCCGGCAGAGCACGGCGCUCGACCUGGAGAUUCGCUCCUCGGUGCAGCCUCAUAGCUCGCUGUACGAGCACUACAGCGGUGGCAACUUUCGCUUCCGCUGCCCCAACCACCCCGAGUGCCAGGGGCUGUACAUGGCGGUGCACAAGGCGCGCCUGAACAACCAAAAGUUCAUCCAGCUCGAGAACGAGGCGCGGUUCAAGAGCUUUGGGGAGCAGCGGGCGCCCGUGGAGAGCGAGGGCAGCACGAGCAGUCGCCGGCGAAGCUGGUUCGGGAGGAAGAACAGCUACCGCAGCUCCGUCCGGGCGCCCUCGCACGACGGGGCCAGCACGACGCUGUCGUCCACGCCGUCGGCGUCGAGCUUCCUCAAGCGGCUCACGGUGGCGGGCAAUCUCUCGUUCAACCUGGCCCGAUCGUCGGUCGACAGGCAGAGCCUUCGCAGCGGGGGCAACAGCCUGUACACGUCCGGGUCGUCGUCGAGCGGCACGCCUCCGCGGUCGCCGUCGGUCAGCGUGGAGAACAGCGGGCGCAACCCGACCAGCCUCAACCCAGACAGCAUCCGCAUACGGCUGCAUCUGCUGGUCGGGGCGGCCAAGUGGGAGGACUACGGCAACUGCAGCCUGCAGAUCCGACGGCCGCCGCCGGGGUGGAGGCAGGCGCUGCGGGCAGACCACGGGCUGGAGAAGCGCAUCACGGCGACGACGCUGCCGAAGAAGGAGUCGGAGCAGCCGCGUAUCGUGCUGGACGCGGUGCUGGGCAGCGGGUGCUUCUCGCCGAUGGGCAGCCGGGGCAUCGUGUGCGGCGUGUGGGAGGAGGUGAGGAACGGAGACGGCGUGGUGGGCAUGGUGCCGGCGACGGGGGCGACGGGCGGCAACAUCAAGAAGUGGUGUUUCCAGUUUGCCAACGCGCCCGAGGCGAGCUGGGUGCUGCGGCUGGUGCACCAGGAGGUGGUGCGGGCGUGA